AUGGAAGCAAGAUGGGAUCCGGAUUUAUGUUUCAAGACUUACAGAAUCUUUAAUUCAAGGUUCACGCCGCUGUUUCUGCUGUUUUGCCUUUCGUUCUCGACACUUUCUUCUUCACUUCCUAACGUGCUCGACGAAAUUACUCUCAACAUACAAGACAGAGCUUCACUUCUCCUGUUCAAGUCACAGCUCCAUGACCCGAAUCAGAGAUUGUCAUGGGUCGGUUCGAGUUGCACUAACUGGACUGGGGUGAGUUGCUCGAGAUGGAACGGACGGGUUCUUGCACUCAACCUCACUGGGUUUAACCUCUCCGGCCAACUUCAUUCAAGCUUGUGUAAACUCUCAUUUCUCGAAACCCUAUAUCUGUCUCAUAACAAUCUCGAUGGCCAGAUUCCAGAUUGUUUUAGUUCGUUUUGGAAUAUCAAAAUCUUGGAUCUUAGUCAUAACAUGUUUAGUGGUGUUAUUCCUGAUACCCUAAUGAAAUUGAGCAGAUUAACCCAGCUGGAUUUUAGCCACAACCUGUUCGAUCAAAUGCUUCCCUACUGGAUUGGGAACUUCUCAAUGAAGCUAGAAAAACUCGAAAUGGGGUUUAAUUCGUUUCGAGGGGAGAUCCCCGAGGGUUUAUUGCACUUGAAAUCACUUAAAUACUUGGGUUUAUCUCACAAUAAUUUCUCCGGUGAUCUCCCGGACUUCCGGCAAGCGUUGGAGCAUCUUAGCCUCGAGUCAAAUUCGUUUUCCGGUACGUUACCUUGUUUAUCACCAUCAAUCGAAUCACUCUCUUUUCUCGAUUUAGCUGAAAACUUACUCGAAGGUGGAGUUCCGACUUGCAUUUCUUCCCUACGAGCAUUAGAGCAUCUUAAUUUGUCGUUCAAUCAUCUAACCUACGAGAUUUCUCCAAGAUUCCUGUUUUCGAAUAGACUUGUUGUUCUGGACUUGAGUUACAACCAGUUGUCGGGUUAUCUUCCUAAAAAAAUUCUCGACUCACCGGAAAAGUCAGGGCUAAUUGUGCUAGACCUUUCGCACAACCAGUUCUCCGGUGAAAUCCCGCCGGAUUUCACAGAGUUAAAAAGUUUACAAGCUUUAUUUCUCUCCCACAAUCUUCUCACCGGCGAAAUCCCGUCAAGAAUCGGAAACCUAACCUAUCUCCAGGUAAUCGAUCUCUCUAACAACUCAUUAUCCGGUUCAAUCCCUCUAAACAUCGUCGGUUGUUUUCAACUUCUCGCAUUAAUCCUCAACAACAACAAUCUCUCCGGUGAAAUCCAACCGGAGCUCGACGCAUUAGACAGUUUAAAAAUCCUCGAUGUUAGCAACAACAAAAUUUCCGGCGAAAUCCCAUUGACCUUGGCCGGAUGUAAAUCAUUAGAGGUCGUCGAUUUAAGCUACAACAAUCUCUCAGGACCUCUAAACGACGCGUUGACCAAAUGGUCAAACCUAAGGUACCUUUCUCUUUCACACAACAAGUUCACCGGAGCUCUCGCCAUUUGGAUCUUCAUGUUUGAAUCAAUCCAAACAAUCGACCUCUCCGGCAACAAAUUUUCAGGCGACAUCCCCGACGGGAUUUUCAACCUCAGUUUACAUUUCAACAAUGGCGAAGCUAAAGAAAACCCCAAAGCGCCAUUGUUAGAUAGUAAGUUUUCAUUGGUGAUGGGUGAUGAUCUGCAUCUAAACUACAAUCUUUCAUCAACAGUCACCAUUGAUUUAUCAGAUAACUUGUUACAUGGUCAAAUCCCAGAAGGGCUUUUUGGUCUACAUGGUUUGGAGUAUCUAAAUUUAUCUUACAAUUUCCUCGAUGGUCAAAUCCCUACAAAUUUGGAGUCAAUGUGGAGCUUAAAGAUUCUUGAUUUAUCACAUAAUUCAUUAUCGGGUGAAGUCCCGGAAAAUUUAUCGGGACUCGGGAAUUUGACACAUUUGAAUCUUUCGUUUAAUUAUUUUUCCGGGAUUGUUAAUAAGACGAAAGGGUAUUGGAGAUUUUCGGGGGCGUUUGCGGGAAACCCUAAUUUGUGUGUGGAGUCAUCUAGCGGUGAUGGUGGUGGUGGUGGUGGUUGUCUGACCGGAAAGUUGCCGGAGGAGCCGGAGAGGGUUUAUGAAGAGGGGAAAGAUGACGGGUUGAUAUCGGGAUGGGUGUUUUCGGUUAGUGCUUGUGUUAGUUUUUAUUCGGUUGGAGUUGCUUUGUUUUGUUCAUCAAGAAGUAGAAAUUUUAUGUUUCAGACAAAAGUUUAA